UGCGGCCGGAACCUUCUGGAAGCGAGGCGCCCGGAGCACGUCCCACUUCCUCCCUCAACGUCAUCAACAACCGCCCUACUCCAAUCCAGGCCCCCACAGUGAGGGCGGAGCAGGUCGUUUUGCUCUACGCCGCUUUUUUUUUUUUUUUUUUGACAGGAGAUUAGCGCCGCCACCUCCUCCGCUUGGUCCCCGGCCGAGAGGAGGCGCUGGCGGAUGACGUCAUUAGCCAGCGCGGGAGGCCCCACGCGGUGCGCGCGGGCGGGGGGGGAGCGGCGCGGGAGCGGGUACUUCGCGCUAUGGCCUGGCUCCCGGGUCAGAGGUGUCUCCCGGCCGCCCGCGGCUGGCGCAGCCGAGCAGACCCGGCAAUGCUGCUGCAUGCACCUGCCCUCAUUGCCAUCACAGCAACUCGGAAGGAGUCAUGUCUGCGUGGCUUCUCCUUCUCCAUCUUUGCAGCAGGUCUUGGUGUGACCCUGCCAGGAUCAGUGCAACCCCUUAGACCUGUGUGGGAAGACUGCAAGUUCUGUUUCUUUCGGAGGUUUUCCAUUCAGCCUGCCCAGCAGAGGAAAAUUCCAAACCGGUACCUGGGUCAGCCUAGCCCCUUCACACACCCACACCUUCUCAAGCCAGGGGAGGUAACACCAGGGCUGUCCCAGGUGGAAUAUGCUCUACGCCGACAUAAGCUGAUGAGUUCGAUCCAGAAGGAGGUUAAAGACUGGGGUGGUAUGGACCACACAGUGAUUCUGCUAUCCAGCCCCACCUAUUACAUGAGCAAUGACAUCCCAUACACCUUCCACCAAGACACUAAUUUCCUGUACCUGUGUGGGUUCCAGGAACCUGACAGCAUCCUGGUGCUCCAGAGUCUGCCUGGCAAAGUGCUACCAUCUCACAAAGCCAUGCUUUUUGUACCACGCCGAGACUUAAACCGAGAGCUGUGGGAUGGGCCGCGAUCAGGCACGGAUGGGGCAGUAGCUCUCACAGGAGUGGAUGAAGCUUAUACCAUAGAGGAAUUUAGAAACCUGGUGGCCAAACUUAAAGGUGAGUCAAAUGUGGUUUGGUAUGACUAUGCAAGGCCUGUGCACCCUCAGCUCCACUAUGAGUACCUGCAGCCUCUGACUGAAAUGAAAACUGGAAGCAAAAACCGUAUCCGAGGCUUCUGUCACCUGGUGCAAAACCUCCGGCUGAUCAAAUCCUCUGCAGAGAUUGAGAGGAUGAAGGUUGUUGGAAGGGUGACAUCACAGGCUUUCAUAGAAACAAUGUUUGCCAGCAAAUCCCCAGUGGAUGAAGCAUUUCUGUAUGCCAAGUUUGAAUUUGAGUGCCGGGCUCGUGGUGCUGACAUCUUGGCUUACCCCCCCGUUGUUGCUGGUGGUAACAGGUCUAACACCUUGCACUAUGUGAAAAACAAUCAGCUUAUCAAGGAUGGUGAAAUGGUCUUGCUAGAUGGCGGGUGUGAGUCUUCCUGCUAUGUAAGUGAUAUCACCCGUACAUGGCCCAUCAAUGGCAGGUUCACUGGUCCCCAAGCAGAGCUGUACCAGGCAGUCCUGGAGGUCCAGAAGUCUUGUCUGAGCCUCUGCUCCCCAGGUGUGAGCUUGGAGAACAUCUACAAUCUCAUGCUGAGCCUCACAGGGCAGAAGCUAAGAGAACUGGGGGUGCUAAGGAGAAGCAUUGAUGAGAACCACUUCUUCAAGGCUGUCCGGAAGUACUGCCCGCAUCAUGUGGGCCAUUACCUGGGUAUGGAUGUUCAUGACACACCCAGCAUGUCCCGAUCACUUCCACUGCAGCCAGGCAUGGUGAUAACCAUUGAGCCAGGGAUUUAUAUCCCAGAAGAUGACCUGGCUGCCCCCAAGAGGUUCCGGGGCAUUGGUAUACGAAUUGAGGAUGAUGUUGUAGUGACAGAGGACACACCGCUAAUCCUUUCUGCAGACUGUCCCAAGGAGAUCUACCACAUUGAGCAGAUCUGUGGCCGCAGUUUGUGACCUUUCUUCUCUGCCUCUUCCAGCUUCCUCAGGUUCUCCAGGAAACGCACUCCUGUGCACCCUGACAGAUGUGUAUUUUUGUAAAUGGACAUGGUUCCUGGGCAGUGAGAGUUGAGGGCUAGUUUGGAGGGUGUUGCUGCUCCAGGAACUGAGGGAGUUAUGAGGGAGACCUUGGGCAAUGUGGCUAUUAAAAUAAAGAGCCAAUUAUUUAUAUAUCUAAUUUUUGUUCUUGUUAGUGUCAAUUCAAACAAAGGAUCCAGAGUGCAGGAAGUAGAUUCCUUACCCUGCCACAUAGAUCCUUCCCCUUCUUCUCUGUUACAUGGUGAGACAGUUUUGCUCAGCAUAGCCCUUUGCCUGGCUCUGUCUACUUCGUAAUGAAUGGAAUAUAGCAGCUGUGAACCAGGCUCCAGGCAGAUUGCUCUUUGCUAGCAGUUUUGCACCAGGGCAGUCAAUCACAGAUGUUCAAAAUUAAAAUUUCAAAGUCGUCUCAGAGGGCAGGCACAAGCUGGGGGACAACUUUGGCUUCUGCAGUAGCAAUGACAAAAGGGGAUUGGACAGAUUAGCAAUUGGGCUCAGGCUGUGGUAGUUUGUAGUCAGUGAGGAAGGGUUUUAGCAUCUGAGGAUAAAGAUUCACAGAGGUCUUGUUCUAAGAGAUGCAAGCAAGAUCAGCAGUAGGGAGAAAGAGUCACCCUGUAGUAAGGCACAUCGGAGGGUUUGGUUAAUUGGGAGAAGGGACUAGACGAGGAGGGCACUCCUCAUUGUGUGUAGGCUAGCGAUUCAUCCUGCACUCUUGCCUCCUUUCCUUUCCGCCUAUAUCUCAGUCCCAGCUUUGUAGUCUAAUGUCACCACUGUUCCUCCAUCUAGAGCUGAGCUCCCUGGAUUAGACUGUAUUGGUAACCCACUGGCUAUGUCCUAGUUGAAAUCCAGUAUAUGAAUGGGCAGUUGUGUGCAGGACAGUUACAUCUCCAUCUGGGGCUUAAAUAGCAGGUGCAAACAGCCUCAGCAGUGCCCAGUGAACAGCGUGCAGCACAUGGAGCAAUUUGCUAGAAAGGAGAAAACUCUUGAGAGGAAUUCCAGGAUGAACACCUGCCUUUUGGGACAUUCCAAAUGGAAAGAAAGGGCUCUUGGACAGUAUCUGUGAGCCUGGUAUAAAUGUGAUCCCUGGCAGGGCCAGAUUAGUGGUAUCAAAAGAAAAGGGUGGGUCCUAAUUCCCCUCAGUUCCAUCCACAGUUGAGUUCAUUUUAGACAGUGGCAAAAGAGCCCACAAUAGCCAAAUGCAGUCUGUGUAUUUUGGCCCUGUUUUGGCUACCAGCUGUCUAUUUAAUACAUUGUGAAAAAUGACAAUGCACUUAAUGCUCUUGCUUUCAUUUCUACUUUCCUUUCCUUCACUCCAAUCUCUUUUUUUUUCCCUCUCAAGGAUGCUUGUAUAUGCUUUAUUUUGUGAUAUUCAGUAUCUUCCCCUUUAUUUCCUUUAUUUUUCCUCUUUCUUUUUGUUAUGCUUUAAUUCCCUGGCCCCCCUCCCCUUCCCAGUUUCACUCUUGCCUAAUCUCCCAACUUCUGUCUAUUAGUAUGUCCUUUCAGGCCUGAAUAGAUACCAUGCUUAUACCAAUAUAGCUGACCUUCAAUGCAGUAUAAAAAAUGAGUAGACAGGUGGUAAAACCACCUACCCUAGGUUAACUUCACCAAAAUCUGUAUAGCAUUAUUCCUGAAGGAAUCAGUGAUAAAACUACACAUAUAUACACUGUAUAUAUUGUAGGCAUGCAGGUGUGUCUGUGCAGCUAUCCCAGGGCAGUUAAUUGCUCAUGGAAAACAGGUUAUUACUUACUCCAUUGCCAGUUACUGUUGAGGUGCUCUUACAGGUGUGUACUGCAUGCAGCUGCAGUCUGGGAGAGCUGCAGUCAUCUGUCAGAUGUAAGCAGUGAUCUGUCAGGCACUCAGUCUCUGUACCACUCGCCCACAGCAAGUCUAGUCAUUAGCCUAUGGGAAUGGAAGUCAGGACUCUCUUGAGUCCCUUUCUGGCUCUGCAGUGGUACCUUCUAUACUUCUGUCUGCUGUACUUCCCUCAUCUGCAAAAUAUAUUUGACUUUCUCAUGUGAAUGCUGAACGUUUUGCUUAAUUUACCUGACCUACUUGUUUUAUUUAAAAAACAACAACACAAAAAGUGAUAAAUUAAGUGAUUUUUAUGUAUCAGUCUAUAGUCGUGUGAAGGAGCCUACUAUAUUUUGAUUGUGAUCACUUUGUGAGGUGCUGAUACGCUACAAUGGUGAGUGCAACAAAAAGUUGAGGGGAGGGUGACAAUACGUGGAAACAAAAAUAAUUGCUGCUUAUGUGCUAAUUGAUAGUUACUUUGUACUUUCAGUCUGUAACAGCUAACAGUGUUAUUCUAGACAUGCCUUUUAGACCUCUCAGCUCAUCCCUACAGGUAGCAACUCUGAAAUUUGAAUCUACAUAAGUAGCUGUGGAUAGUAUUCACAGGGAAAGUUAUUUGUGUGUGCCUAAUCACACAUCUGCCCGUGCACCUAAUUACAAAGUUGAUGAUUGUGACUUUACAUGUAAAUAAACUUUUGAAAUACAAAGUUAUUUUUGCAAAAAAGGUAGUUUGUAGAAAGUCAUUUCUUUGCCAUAAAGUCUCAUAGGUGUAAGCACUUCUGGCAAGAAUAUUUUUUUCAGGGAGAUUAUAAACUACCCAUAACUUGGAAUAGAUUAACAUUAUUAAAUGCAGCCACACAGAAAUGAAUAAUGACCCAAGAACAUGGUUAUGUGAUUUCCAAAGAGAGGCAGGUCCUGGAAAUGUUGGGAAAUUAAUUUUAUGAGUCUGAAUCAUUCAGAACUGUUGUAUAUUGCAUAAUUGAUUUUUUUAGGAUGUAAGGCUCUUCAAACCAGUUCCGAAUAUCCAGUUCAAGUUGUGAUUUGUCUCAUAUUCUGCAUUUCUUAUGAACUUAUUUUUUUCAGUCUAGGAUUUCUUUUAGGAGGUGCUUUCUAAUGCAGCUGCUUUUAAUGUUUGUGAUAAGAGUUAUUCAUGGUUGUUCUGAAUGACUAUGAAGGAUGCCUUUCCCAGAAUAUAGUAAAUACGCGUUUUAUCAAACUAAA